AAAUCACCACAUUCACAAACACCUUCCACUACUCUACUCUUCAGUCACAUUACAGAAUUAGGCGAUCCAUUUAGGAAUUUGCCACAAAUUUCAAAAUGCCUUCUUCUUCGCCAAUCUCUCUCACUGUGGUGUCUGAAUCCAUGGUGUUUCCUGACCAGACCUCCACCCUCGGAGACCUCAAGCUUUCGGUUUCUGACCUCCCCAUGCUCUCAUGUCACUACAUCCAAAAGGGUGGCCUCUUCACCAAGCCUUCUUUCCCAAUCCAAUCCCUGGUCUCGCUACUCAAGACCGGCCUCUCCCAGACCCUCACUCGCUUCCCGCCCUUGGCCGGCCGGUUGACUACGGACAAAGAUGGUUACUUGUACAUCACCUGCAACGACGCCGGUGCUGAUUUUAUUCACGCAGCGGCCACUGAGGUCUCCGUGCGUGACAUUCUGUCGCCGACUCACGUGCCGGAGUCGGUGAAGGAGUUUUUUGCAUUGGACAGGACUGUGAGCUACACCGGCCAUCACAACCCAAUCCUGGCAGUCCAGGUCACCGAGCUCCAAGACGGAGUUUUCAUCGGUUGCGCCGUCAACCACGCCGUCACUGACGGCACCUCCUUCUGGAACUUCUUCAACACCUUCGCCGAGGUCUGCCGCGGCGGCAAGAGCUUCUCCAGAAAGCCGGACUUCACCCGGGACUCGAUUCUGAUUUCUCAGGCGGUCCUUCAGUUGCCGGAAGGUGGCCCCAAGGUCACAUUCAACGUCAACGAGCCGUUGACAGAGAGAAUCUUCAGCUUCAGCAGAGAAGCCAUUCUGAAACUAAAAGCCACAACUAACAACAACAACAACAAAUGGACCCAAAACGACGACGUAGCCACCGCCGUCGAGAUUCUCGGGAAGCAGAGCAACGACCCUUACGAAACUAACAACGACAACGCAAGAGUAACCGCCAUCAUCGAAAACUGGUUCAAGAAUUUCAAGCCGCAAAUCACUGAGAACAAAACGGCAGCGGAGAUCUCGUCGUUUCAGUCGCUCUGCGCGCUUCUGUGGAAGGCUGUGACACGCGCCAGGAAGCUACCGGAGUCGAAAACGACGACGUUCAGAAUGGCAGUGAACUGCCGUCACAGGCUGGAGCCGAAGCUGGACCCGUACUACUUCGGGAACGCAAUCCAAAGCAUCCCGACGUACGCGUCCUCGGGAGACGUGUUGUCUAGGGAUCUGAGAUGGUGCGCAGAGCAGCUCAACGACAACGUGAAGGCGCACGAUAGUGAUAAGGUGAGGGAGUGCAUAGAGGAUUGGGAGAAGAACCCGCGGGUGUUUCCUCUAGGGAACUUCGACGGUGCAUCAAUGACGAUGGGUAGCUCGCCGAGGUUUCCGAUGUACGACAACGAUUUCGGGUGGGGCAGGCCGUUGGCGGUUCGGAGCGGGCAGGCGAAUAAAUUCGACGGUAAGAUUUCGGCGUUUCCGGGGAGGGACGGAGCUGGGACCGUUGAUCUGGAGGUGGUUUUGGCGCCUGACACGAUGGCGGGGUUGGAGUCUGAUUUGGAGUUCAUGCAAUACGUGUCAAACUAAGAGGAGGGAAUAAUCGGGUCCAGUUCGGCACCGGAUUGUUGUCUUCGGUGGUGCGUUGACUUUGGGUUGACGGUGAUGAUUUGGUCUAGGACUUGUGUAUUUUGUGACUAUUUUUAGUAAUUUUUUAUUUUCUUCUUAUUUUCUUGUGUCUAAUUAGAUUUUUCUUGUUUUGGCCGUAUUAGGGACUAUUAGAUUAUGCAUUAAGCUUGUCAACUAUUUUAACCUUAUCUUGUCAA